GAAACUGCGCUGACCUUACCCAUUUUAACACGGUUUUGCUUUCACUUGAAAACAAAAUAAUCAUUUUGCUGAUUGCUUGAUUCCCACAAAUAUUGCACGUGAUGAGUGAACCGCAGGAAAUACCGACUCGUAGAGAAAGAAAUCACGGAGAUGAGCUUGACGAACUCGCGAAAAGUAUGUCGCCUGGUUCGCCUAAAGUCAAUCUCUUUCUUGUUCCAAGCCCUGUCCCCACUAGAAGAACGAGAACUUAUUCACAAACUGAGAGAGUAAGACAAACUCCGCGCCUAAAUGGUAAAGUAAAGGAAUUUUGUAGAAACAAGGGGCAUGGUUUCGUUGUACCAAAUGAUGAUCCGAAGCAUUUAAUCUUUGUGCAUAUUUCUGACAUCGAAGGCGAGUGGGUACCAAAGCCUGGUGAUGAUGUGACUUUUCAAAAGUGUCUCAUUCCUCCCAAGAACGAAAAACACUGCGCCGUUAACGUAAGAAUAACCCAUUUAGCUGAGGGUGUCAGCCAUGAAAGAUGGGAAGAUCCGGUCCCUAAGGAAUAAGGUUCUUUUUUUGGUAUUGCGAUUUAUUUAGCUUGUGAGUCCUUAAACUUUGUUAUUCGUUAACUUCUGUGUGAAAGCAUCUUUCAAACAUAAUAACAUAAAUAGAGUUACGACUUACAGCUUACUAAUUUCCCAUUUUCGCUAUGUCUAUUUUCCAUUAUGUACGUUUCUGGCCAGUAAUAAUACAUAUGCUGAUAAUAAAUAUAAAGUUUGUUUUCCAAACAAUAAUAUUCGAUUUCAAGACGAUAACCUAUGAGUCAUUGCUCGUUUAAAGGGUUUUAGAAAACGACGGCGUAGGAUGAAUUUAAAUGAAUUUUUAGGGGAAAAAAUGUCCGUGAUUAAAAUAAAUGCGAGCAAGAGUCAUCUAGCGUCGCAAAGACGGAUAUAUCAAGAAAUAUCUCAAGAGUUAGAGUGCUGCCCUUAGUUUAUUUACUAUCUUGUUUCGUGUCCUAGGAAGGAGAGGAAGCUAAUGCUAUUACCUGUUUAUAAAUGGAAUGAAAGGCAGCAUGGACGAUAUCAACUUACCUUCUCCGGUUAUUGAACUUCUAAGACAAUUGACCUCUCAUAGUAAUGAUCUAAAAUGGACAGUUAAUGGUCGUCGAACUAAAGUUUGUCUGACUCUGAUUUGGGAUUGCCGUCAGGAGAAAAAAUCAACUUUUUGGAGUAAGUUACAUCGUUUAAUCAACGGACAAAUAAGAGCAAGGUCGCUUCCCAGUACACCUAUUAAACAUAAAAAUAGGUCAUGCUAUGAUUCAACGUCGCUUUAUACGAUAAACAGCGACGAUACGAUAUUUUCUCUUGACUCUAACAUGGAAAAUUUGGACGGAACUAUUGUACACAAAUGCUUGAAUGCAUGCGAACGUAUAUUAAAUAAUGAAUAGAGAAACAGUCUGGUAGUUGUACCCGCUUAUUAUAAAUCGUAUAUAAGUAUUUUUAAAAGACUAUUUCCUAGAAAAUAUUUUCUUUUGUACACUACAAUUGGUAAAUAUUUAAUGGUUAUUAAUAAAACAUGUUGAAGUAAUAAUGCUAAUUGACUUAUUAAUCAAAGAAAUAUAUAGCAUAGUAUUUCUCUUUGAAGAUACAAGAGUAAUAAGUUAUUAGGAUAAUCUUCGUACUUCUAACAAUAACAAAUAGAUAAAAAUAUAUUUUAUGUAUUGAACAUCAUACUACAUGAAGGAACCUGUAAUAAUAGAAAAUGUGACUGGAAAGACCUUGGAAAGAGAGCCAGCCAGUUGGAAAUUACGUUGAAUACAAAGCUAACUCUAUUUUCAGGAGUCAAUACUAGUAAAAUGAUAUAAAAAUAGCUCCUAUCACUCUGUUUAUCAGCUAAAAUAUAUAUUAGUAUCUUUACUAUAAUCUGAAUAUUUU